AUGUCCGUCAACACAACUCUUGCCACCACUGCCUCUGGCAUAGUGCCGGUGCCCAGCCUUCCUCUCACGGCCGCUGUGCCUUCCGGCGGCAUCAUGUCGUCCUUGCACACAACGGCAACGUCCGAGGUCGCCGCGCCUAGCCACAUGCUGCCCAUCGCGGUUCCCCCCAUCCCACGACCGACGGACUUUAUACAAGAGGAGUCUAACUUGACCGUCACACUCCGGUCGAUGUCAGGCUCUGAGGAUGUCGUCUAUACGAUCCCUCCCUGGAACCCUCCGGCUCAUGUCCUAGCAUUCCCCAUCACAACCUUGGUCCACGAAGCUCGCCAGCUCGCCGUCCCCACCAUGACCGACGAACAUCCCGUUCCCACGGGCACAGAAAUCCCUCCCGUCUUCCCUCCCGUCCACGGCCCAGGCUGGCAGCCACCCAAUAUCGCGUCCCCGUCGGCAACCGAGUCGACAUUGGAGCCGGUUCACACCAAUGUCGCGCGCAGUGCCCCCGAGGACAAGUGGACCUUUCUCGGCGAUAAGUUGGAAGAGCGCGCGACUUUUCAUGGUUGCGAAACCGCCGGUAAACAAUGCCCAUCCUCAUCUGUCAGACCAAGGUCCAUCAUCAGCUGGCCCGUGGUCCUCCCCUUGUCCGUCUACUGCCUGGGCGUCAGCCUGGUCUACGCAGCACGGGAGAAGUACAGACGAGCAGCCAGGUCCAGAUCUGACCCCGACCCCGACGACGAGGACAACAAGGACAACAACAGGAAGUCCAAAUACAGAGAGGGACUGGAGACUGAAGGCCGCAGGAACUAGCGCCGUGCUCUCCUCCAACAAUAGAAACGGAGGCACAAUCUGUCACGCCUCUCCAGACGUGCAGUUUUCUCAUGAUACAGUUCAGGCCCAUGCCCAGCAUGGAAGUCGCUUGCGGAAUCCGUCCCCUUCUUAUCCUUCUGUGGUUCCAACGGCUCCAUCGGCAACCAUGACCUCCCCAGUACUAUGGUCAGGCACCUCGCGCACCGCCUCGCCGCCCUGGCUGGAUUGUCUCAAGCACAGAAUAAAGACCGCCAUCGCGAAGUGGAAGAAGGGCGAAAUGUAUCCCCUCAACUGCCAGGUCAAAGGGUACGUGCUGGCGCUGUUGGCUGUUCUUGCGUUUGCCGCCUUAGUGCUGUGAUAGAAUGGCCUGACGCCUUUCAGGUAGUUGGUCAAGGUAUAUAGCACAAGGGCUGUCGUUCUAGCAAAUCAUAAACGUUACACGAG